GUUUCCCAGUUCUUUAUUGCUAUUGCCUUGCCUACAUUUACUCUGCCUUCUAAUCAAACUUCCUUCAUACCAGGAAUGAGCGGGUUGAUGUGUUGUCCCAGAGCCUGGAGACCUAGAAAAGCAAAAUAGGUAGUUUGAAAUAAGGAUACCCAGCUAUUUUGUGAUUGCAAACUACAAUUAUGCCAGGAAGCUGAUUCUGCAGCUGCUUGUGAGUGCAAUCUGAAGGCCUGCAACGUGCCAGUGAGCAUCAGCAAGGACGCAGGGCAUUCAGUAACCAGGAAAAUGACUGGCUUUCUUGAGGAAGAAACAAAGAAGCAGCCUUUAUUUCUUGCCUAGUUGUAAGGCAAAGCAAUGCAAUAUUGACACCUGGUUAACUUAAAGAAGUAUUUUUUUUAAAUACCUUUUGACUGUGUGGGUCUUGCAAGUCUGAUACAAACGUGCUUCUGGACUUGUGCAAAUAAAUCACUGGAAGAAUCGAUUGGAGAAAGCAGUCAUUGAAAGAGUAGCUGUUGAAGAAUCAUGACGAAGCACUUGGAGAUCAUCAAUUUGUCAUUCUUGUUGGAGCAUGAAAGGGAAACAAUAUUGGGAGUACUGAAGAGAGAUGAAUAUCUGAAAAAAGUUGAAGAUAAAAGGAUAAGGAAAUUGAAAAAUGAGCUUCUGGAAGUGAGAAGGAAAGGUGGAAACCGUCAUUGUCAACAGGACAACAGCAGAGUCUGUGUUCGCUGUCAGAAAAGCCUGGGCUUAAUCUUUGACAGAGGAGACCUGUGCCAAACCUGCAAACUUCGAGUUUGCAACAAGUGUCGUGACGUGGCAGCUGACGGGCAGUGGAAGUGCUCAGUGUGUGCCAAGAUUGCACAGCUACGGAUAGUGACAGGAGAAUGGUUUUUUGAAGAGAGAGCAAAGCGCUUCAAACAAUCAAAUCUUGGAACUGAUGUCGUCAGACAGUCUAUCCUACACAAAUUCCCAGAUACAGUUUCCAGUAAGGAAGAAAGAAGAACAUUUAAAGAUCAACCUCAAGAGAAUGAAGAAAAAAGGCCAGAUGUACCAGUCUCCUCCACAACUGGGCAUAAAUCAAUCUUCGGUGGACCUAGAAAGAUAGGGAAGGUAAUUAGGGCGGUUACCAAAGGAGAAAUUACAUAUGCAAAAGACGAAGGUGAAAGGACCGCAGGCUCAGAAGCUGAAACCCAAAGUCUGCGCAGUGGCAAGUCAACACCUUGCUCUGAGAGAGGGAGCACUCCUUCACUGAACAGCAGCGAUGCAGAAGCUGCUGCAGGCCACCUGAAAGGGGCUGUGGGUCCUGUGAGCAGAGGCAAUGUUUCCAUACCUUCCCUCCCGAGGUCCUCAGCACUGACCACACGCAGCAUGACCACAGACUACAGCAGGGAUACUGGCUUAGAAAAUGGCAUGAUAAUUCCAGCAAGUGAAAGUGUACCUGAAGAUUUAGUAAAGAAGCACUGUAGAAGAGCAUCUGGAACACCUUCCAUCGCAGUUUCUAGGGUAUCGUUGUCAUCAGAUCGUAGCCGAUCUGAGAUAGAUUUGAGUGAAUCUUUCUCUGAAGGAAAUGAGGAUACUCUGAGCAUAAGAAGCAAAUCUGUACCUAGUGCCUUAAAUCAGGAACUGGAUUAUCUGGAUGAAACAGAAGAUAUUGAUGACAUAGUGGCCUCUCGUUAUUCAAGGAAACACGGACAUUUGGCAAGUGGAUUAUCAACAAACUCCCCAGAAGGCUCUGACAGAAAAUGGACGUAUUUAAAUGUGCCAGAAAAAGAUGGUGACACUACUAGCAUUAACAGCAUGCUGAGUGUAUAUAGUGAAACUGGUGACUAUGGCAACGUGAAGGUCAGUGGUGAAAUCCUUCUCAACAUCAACUACAGCUACAAAACAGGUGCCCUCAACAUCCUGGUGAAAAGUUGCAGAAAUCUGGCUGUUGCAGAUGAGAAGAAGCAAAGGACCGAUCCAUAUGUCAAAGCAUACCUUCUGCCUGAUAAGUCCCGCCAAAGUAAACGCAAGACCAAAAUUAAAAGUAACAGCACCAAUCCAGAAUUUAAUGAAACACUGAAGUAUGUCAUCAGUCACACGCAGUUAGAAACCAGGACCCUGCAGCUUUCUGUCUGGCACUAUGACAGAUUUGGACACAACAGCUUCCUUGGGGAGGUAGAAAUUCCAUUUGAUUCCUGGAACUUCGAAAAUCAGGCCGAUGAGUGGUUUGUGCUCCAGCCUAAGGUGGAGGUUGCAACAGAUGUUGGGCUUCAAUAUAAAGGAGAACUGACAGUUGUUUUACGUUAUAUUCCCCCAGACAGAAACCUAAUGCUUCCUCUAGAGCAGUUUCAAGGAAAGAAGAGCUUUAAAAAAGGAAAAAAGGGAGACUCUCCCGUGCCAUCUGGAGGUAUAUUAGAAGUCCUCAUCAAAGAAGCAAAGAAUUUAACAGCGGUGAAAUCAGGAGGCACAUCUGACACUUUCGUGAAAGGAUAUCUUCUCCCAGAUGACAGCAAAGCUACAAAACACAAAACUCCCAUAAUAAAAAAGAGUGUGAACCCCCAGUGGAAUCAUACCUUUGCUUUUGGUGGCUUGAAUGCAAGGGAUAUACGUAAUGUCUGUCUAGAACUGACUGUGUGGGACAAGGAGUCACUCUCCAGUAAUAUUUUUUUGGGAGGUGUUCGUUUGAGCACUGGAAAUGGUAUAAGUAAUGGCAAGGAGGUUGACUGGAUGGACUCUCAAGGAGAAGAGCAGCACCUCUGGCAGAAGAUGAUUGACAGUCCUGGAGCUCCUGUGGAGGGGAUAUUAAUGCUGAGAUCCAGCAUGGGAAAACGCAGACUCUGAAAGACUUUAACUACUGAGGGGUACCACAGGUACUUCUGACUUCAGUGGUGUUCCGGCUCUUGCCACUUUGCCCAUUUGGAAGUGGGAAAGGGUUGUACUCUUUGCCUUGGAUUUUAAGGCUCCAAGUGAGACUUUAAUGCAUUCCACACUUUCACGUGCACGUUUUUAACCCAAGGUUCUUGUAUGGAUUGUGUUUCUCCUGAAGCCAGUGAGAAUUUGACCUUGUACAGAGGUUGGACUGGCUUUCUCUGUCCUUUCUAGUGACCGGUGUGCAGUUGAUGAAAGCCUCUGCAUGGGGGUUAAGCGGGGUGCACAGAGUGAGCAAAUUAGCCAUUUAGUAAGUAAUGCCUGGUUUACAUAUCUCCAUCUGCGUCAAAGAUGGCCUAGAAGACAGCAGUGAUACAGUACAAAUAGAUGCAGAGUGAGUCUGUGCUUUGGUAUUUGAAAGAGAAAAAGCCAUAAUGUUAUGAAGGAUAACAAAUAAUGUUUCUUUAUCACGUUUGCUUGGUGGGCUGUGCCAUGUGCAGGGUGGCAGGUUACAGGGGGACCAAGCUGCCCACCAAGGA